CGCUUUACCCAGCGGGGCCGCCCCGCGCCAGGAGCCGCCGGAGCCUCCAUUGUUCCGGGCCCGGCCCGGCCCCGCCGCCGCCAUGGCCCCGCCGCCCCCGCCCGCCGCGACCGGGCUCCGCCGCUGAGCGCGGCCUCCGGGCGGCCGAGGUGACGCCAUGGGGGUGGACUUUGACGUGAAGACUUUCUGCCACAAUCUGCGGGCAACCAAGCCCCCCUACGAGUGCCCCGUGGGCACCUGCCGCAAGAUCUACAAGAGCUACAGCGGCAUCGAGUACCAUCUUUACCACUAUGACCAUGACAACCCCCCUCCACCCCAGCAUACUCCCAUCCGCAAACACAAGAAGAAGGGGCGCCAGGCCCGCGCCGCCAACAAGCAGUCCCCCAGCCCUUCGGAGACCUCGCAGUCACCGGGCCGUGAAGUGAUGACCUACGCCCAGGCCCAGCGCAUGGUGGAAGUGGACUUGCACGGACGCGUGCACCGCAUCAGCAUCUUUGACAACCUGGAUGUAGUGUCAGAGGAUGAGGAGGCUCCUGAGGAGCUGCCGGAGAAUGGGAGCAACAAGGAGAACACCGAGACCCCGGCCACCACCCCUAAAGCUGGCAAGCACAAGAACAAGGAGAAGCGCAAGGAUUCCAACCACCACCACCACCACAGCGCCUCUGCAGGCACCACCCCCAAGCUCCCAGAGGUGGUGUACCGGGAGCUGGAGCAGGACACCCCUGAUGCACCACCUCGCCCCACUUCUUACUACAGGUACAUUGAAAAGUCAGCAGAGGAGCUGGAUGAGGAGGUGGAAUAUGACAUGGACGAGGAAGAUUAUAUCUGGCUGGAUAUCAUGAAUGACCGACGGAAGACAGAGGGUGUGAGUCCCAUUCCCCAGGAGAUCUUUGAGUACUUAAUGGACCGGCUGGAGAAGGAGUCCUACUUUGAGAGUCACAACAAGGGGGACCCCAAUGCCCUGGUUGAUGAGGAUGCAGUCUGCUGCAUCUGCAAUGAUGGAGAGUGUCAGAACAGCAAUGUCAUCCUCUUCUGUGACAUGUGCAACCUGGCUGUCCAUCAGGAGUGCUAUGGGGUGCCCUACAUCCCCGAGGGCCAGUGGCUCUGCAGAAGGUGUCUCCAGUCCCCCUCCAGGGCAGUGGACUGUGCUCUGUGCCCGAACAAGGGUGGUGCUUUCAAGCAGACAGACGAUGGGCGCUGGGCACAUGUGGUCUGUGCCCUCUGGAUCCCAGAGGUUUGCUUUGCCAACACUGUGUUCCUGGAGCCCAUAGACAGCAUUGAACACAUCCCACCUGCCCGGUGGAAGCUGACCUGCUACAUCUGCAAGCAGCGUGGCUCUGGGGCUUGCAUCCAGUGCCAUAAAGCCAACUGCUACACUGCCUUCCAUGUCACCUGUGCCCAGCAGGCUGGACUCUACAUGAAAAUGGAGCCCGUCCGGGAGACGGGAGCAAACGGCACCUCCUUCAGUGUACGCAAAACUGCCUACUGUGACAUCCACACGCCACCCGGCUCUGUGCGCAGGCUGCCUGCCCUCUCCCACAGCGAAGGGGAGGAGGAGGACGAGGAGGAGGAGGAGGAGGGCAAAGGCUGGAGCUCAGAGAAGGUGAAGAAGGCAAAGGCCAAAUCCAGAAUCAAAAUGAAGAAGGCAAGGAAGAUCCUGGCAGAAAAGCGAGCGGCAGCACCUGUGGUGUCAGUGCCCUGCAUCCCACCCCACAGGCUCAGUAAGAUCACUAACCGUUUAACCAUCCCGAGGAAGAGCCAGUUCAUGCAGAGACUUCACAGCUACUGGACACUGAAGAGACAGUCCCGCAAUGGGGUGCCUCUGCUGCGCCGGCUGCAGACACACUUGCAGUCACAAAGGAACUGUGACCAGAGGGAGACAGAGGAUAAGAAUUGGGCCCUGAAGGAGCAGCUGAAAUCAUGGCAGCGCCUCCGCCAUGACCUAGAGCGUGCGCGCCUGCUGGUGGAGCUGAUACGCAAACGGGAGAAGCUCAAGAGAGAGACGAUUAAAAUCCAGCAGGUGGCGCUGGAGAUGCAGCUGACCCCCUUCCUCAUCCUCCUCCGCAGGACUCUCGAGCAGCUCCAGGAGAAGGAUACGGGCAACAUCUUCAGCGAGCCGGUCCCUCUGUCUGAGGUAACAGAAAUCUACGAAGUCCCAGACUAUCUAGAUCACAUCAAGAAGCCAAUGGAUUUCUAUACCAUGAAGCAGAACCUGGAGGCCUAUCGUUACCUGAACUUUGAUGACUUUGAGGAAGAUUUCAACCUGAUUGUCAGCAAUUGCUUGAAAUACAAUGCCAAGGACACAAUCUUUUACCGUGCAGCUGUCCGGCUGCGAGAGCAGGGGGGAGCUGUGCUGCGCCAGGCUCGCCGGCAAGCGGAGAAGAUGGGCAUUGAUUUUGAGACAGGCAUGCACUUUCCACACUGCAUCCCUGUGGACGAAGCGCUGCACCGAGACACGGAGGAGGAGGAGGUGCGGCUGUUGCUGUCAGAGAACCAGAAACACCUGCCCUUGGAGGAGCAGCUUAAGAUCUUGCUGGAGCACUUGGAUGAGGUCAAUGCUGGGAAGCAGAGCAUCGGGCGCUCCCGCCGUGCCAAGAUGAUCAAGAAGGAGAUCACAGUCCUGCGCCGGAAGUUGGCUCACCCACGGGAUGUGCUGGACAGACACGGCCCCUCCGCCAGGGGGAUUCUGCAGGCCCACCACCCCUGUGAGAAGGACAUGCAGACCGACAGCGCUGCAGAGGAGAGCAGCAGCCAGGAAACUGGCAAAGGUCUGGGCCCCAACUCUUCCUCCACCCCAGCGCAUGAGGUCGGCCGGAGGACUUCUGUGCUCUUCUCCAAAAAGAACCCCAAAACCGCAGGGCCCCCAAAACGCCCUGGACGCCCACCCAAGAACCGGGACAGUCAGCUAGCUGCAGGGCAUGGGAGUAGCCCAGUAGGUCCCCCCCAGCUUCCAGUAAUGGAGGGGUCGCAGCGCCAGCGGAAAAGAGGGAGGAGCCCACGGCCAAGUUCCAGCUCAGAGAGUGACAGCGAUAAAUCCACCGAAGAGCCUCCCCUUGACCUGUCAGCCAAUGGCUUCAGUGGCGGGAGCCAGCCGGUUAAAAAGAGCUUCCUGGUUUACCGGAACGACUGCAGCCUUCCGCGGAGCAGCUCUGACUCGGAGUCCAGCAGCAGCAGCAGCAGCAGCGCUGCCUCGGACCGCACCAGCACGACGCCCUCGAAGCAGGGCAGAGGGAAGCCCUCCUUCUCCCGUGUGAACUUCCCGGAGGACAGCAGUGAGGAUACUUCUGGAACGGAAAACGAGUCGUACUCUGUUGGUGCUGGGCGAGGGGUGGGUCACAGCAUGGUGCGGAAGAGCAUUGGGCGUGGAGCCGGGUGGUUGUCGGAAGAUGAAGACUCCUCUCUGGAUGCCUUGGACCUGGUGUGGGCUAAGUGCCGGGGGUACCCAUCGUACCCAGCACUGAUCAUUGAUCCGAAGAUGCCACGGGAGGGUAUGUUCCAUCAUGGCGUCCCCAUUCCAGUGCCUCCCUUGGAGGUGCUGAAGCUGGGAGAGCAGAUGACUCAGGAAGCACGAGAGCAUCUCUACCUCGUCCUCUUCUUUGACAACAAGCGCACCUGGCAGUGGCUGCCCCGGACCAAGCUUGUGCCACUGGGUGUGAACCAGGACCUGGAUAAGGAGAAGAUGCUGGAGGGCCGCAAGUCAAACAUCCGCAAGUCUGUGCAGAUCGCCUACCACCGUGCCAUGCAGCAUCGCAACAAGGUGCAAGGCGAACAGAGCAGUGACUCCAGCGAGAGCGACUGACACCAGCUGCUCCCUCGUUGAUCCACUGGCUCUGCUCAUGGCUUCUCAGUCUCAGGGCAAACAGGGCUCUCAGUCCUGGGCACUUAGUGCAGCUGGUCUGCACAGGAGCAGGGGCUUGCCCUAGUCACUGGGACAGAGAGCGUGCUCCUGAAAGCAGCUGUGGCUGAGCACCUGGCGCUUGCAGCGCAGGAGUGAGUGUGUUAGAGCAGAAGCAGGCAGAGCUGUAGCCUGCUGCAGAAGGCAGUGCCCAGCAGUGCCCUCUGUAUCCUCCCUCUUUUCCAGCUGGCGCUGCUAGAGCCUCCCCUCCUACUGUGCUGCCCUGCCUGGCCCUGCUCGGUCUCGAAUUUCACAUUCCCAGGGGCGAGGCCCGGUUGCCUGGGGCUGGUGCCUCGCUCACUGAGCACACCUCCAGUGGGUGAAGUUCCCAUGCCCGCAGGGGCACUGUAAAUACUGUACAGGAUGGAGAAUUUAAAUUAUUCUCAUUUGUAGCCCGUUUCAGUGUCUUGGGGGAAGCAUUUUGGUACUAAACAGCGCUUCCUAUCAGGGCCCUUCCAGCCUGCGUGGCCCGGGCCGUCUCUUUGUAACCUUCUUACUCGCACACUUUGAUACGGGAGCUCUUGGGAGCGGCUGCGCCCUGCCCACCCCCACUGGACUCGCGUCUCCUCCCCGCCGCGGUCGGACGCUUGUUUGUAUUUAUUUGGAAGGAAGAAAAUCUAUUGAUUCUUAGAAAAUAAACCGUCUAUGGGGA